AUGGCAAUCGAAAAGUCCGAUCUCCUCUUGAAGCUCGGUGCUGAAGUAGAAAGAGUACGGCCAGCACCCAUCGUAGACCAAAAGCAAUUCGUCAAUCUUGCACGAUCACGGGCGGAAGAACAUACUGCUAGUUCGGAGAAACCAGGACGAGGACUAUUUGCCGAUCAAUUCGAGACAGAAGCGAACUGGCGCGCGCACUUCACAGGCACCGGACCAGAAAUCUACGAACAAACCGGACAUCGUGUGGAUGCAUUCGUUAGUGGGGCUGGUACUGGAGGUACUAUCUCUGGUGUCGCCUUGUUUCUUAAGUCAAAGCUACCUGAUAUCAAGGUCGUUCUUGCAGACCCGCCAGGUAGCGGCCUAUUCAACAGGGUCAAGUACGGUGUCAUGUUCGACCCCAAAGAACGAGAAGGAACACGGCGGAGACAUCAAGUUGAUACGAUUGUUGAAGGUAUCGGCAUUAACAGGGUGACGCACAACUUCGACGUCGGUCGAGAGCUGAUUGAUGAUGCAAUCAGAGUCACUGACGAUCAAGCGAUAUCUAUGGCUCGUUGGUUAGUCGAGCACGACGGCAUCUUCGUUGGAAGUUCUAGUGCUGUGAAUUGCGUCGCUGCCACGAAGCUUGCAAAGUCGUUGGGACCUGGCCAUCGCAUUGUCACGAUUCUUUGCGACAGAUGCCUCACCAAGACCAAAAUUUCACCUCUACAGACAAGGCAAGAGACCGUUUCGGCCAGCAAGAUUCUACCAGAUUUGUUGAUCGCAUCUGAAACGAUAUGCGCAGCCGCAUUCUGA